GGAAAACUAUUUUAAGGUGGGCGUGCUCUCCAGGGAGUCUUCAGGUGGCCCAACGCGUUUCUUUUCUUUAGCUCUUCCAGAGUCACGCCUCUAAACAGAGCACUGCACGCAAGCAGACACCUGUGGCCAUCCCAGGUGGUGGGAAUUUUCUGCAAUUCUGAGGUACCGUCUUUCAUUCAUCGCGCUACUAAAUUAUCUGACAGCACUCCAACGAGCUUAGGCUCCACCACUCGCGCACUUCCCAGGUAACUGUCUGUCAAACCAUGGCGUAUACGAUAAUGGUGGGCGAGGUUUCGGUCGCGAAGGCCAGGAGUUCAACGACGCCUUGUUCUCUGGCGCGCGUAGUGAAGGUGAGACUGUCGUCUGCUUCUCGAUUGGGAUGUGUUACAUUGCUCUUACUCGCGAGCGCGACAGGGUUACCUGGUUAUCCGUCUUCUUUUUUGAUUCGCGCUCUCGCGGAUGAGUCACAGGUCUCCUCAGCAUGUGUACCAGGAGAGGGAGUGACCAAGUGCACUUGCGCUGCCCAAGAAAGCACCAAUCCGAAGGCGCUGGAGGCGUCAUUUUCGGAAAAGCUAUCUGCCCUGGAGUUAGCCUGCGAACAACAAAGUUUCGCUCCCGAAGACCCGGACAACAAACGGGUGUGCCCAGCAGACACGUCCGAUUUCAAGGAUUGCAAGGACAAUCAAGCCAAUACAAAAAGUAUCGACCUCACAACCCUACUCACUGGCGACACAGAGAGCAUAAAGUGGGAAGCAGUUACUCGCGAGGCCCAAGGCACGACGAAGAAACUGAGCAUUCCGCCGGCAAAUCUCCCCUACACCGACCAAAGUUUCGCUGUCGGUUGCCUAGACAGUGGCAAAACCACUACCAAAUGCAAACUGACUGUGACCAUUGAGGCAAGAGCAAGCGUGACACAAGACCAGAUCGUCACAUGUGCCUACGGAAAGACUAGCAAUCAGAAACAUCAAAGCAUCAAGCUGAGCCCGUCGCAAAACAAGUUUACUCUGGUCUGUGGAAAGGACGGAGAAGUUCUCCCGACGAAAUACCAGAGCACGUUCUGUGUCCGUAAGGACGGAGUAGAUGCCAGGGCUGAGUGCAGCGGCAACUACACAGAUGUUAUCCCAGCUUACGAGACCCAGUGGUGGAAGCACGACGCAGCCCAGCACACAUUCACUUUGGAGAUUCCAGAGGGCGGUUUCCCUGAGAAAGAAACACAGAUCAUGGUUGGUUGCCAAAAGUCAAAGAAGGAUGCUGCUGGCACAGAUAAGGAGGUCAGAGAAGAAGCGUCAUCCGAAUCGCCGACAGUCUGCAGCGUUGACGUGACGAUUGAGGCUGUCGCGUCGUCUGCGUCUUUGUCUGGAGGCGUGGCUGGGGUGUUCUCUUGGUUUUGUUCGGUCGGGGCUUUUUUGACAGUGUCAUGUUUGAUGAUGUGA